AUGCACGCCAAGCCCCUCUCCCUCUUGUUUCUCUCUUCCCUCCCCUCCCUGGCCGUUGCUGAAGAUGUUCUCGGCCUCUACAUCUUCCACCGUCACGGUGACCGCACAGCUAAGGCCUGGAAGCCCGUCAACUUCACUGCCCUCGGAGCCGAUGAGGUCCACUCCUCCGGCUCUUGGUACCGUGACACCUACGUGAGCGAAGAUGCUCCUCGCAGGAUUUCCGGCCUCAGCGCCGAGUCUGCCGUCCUAUCUCAGCUCGAAGUUACUUCUCCCGUCGAUGCUGUCCUUCAGAACUCGGCUCUUGUUUUCCUUCAGGGACUCUACCCGCCCACUAAGCAGGUUGAGACCCUCGCCAAUGGAUCUAAGGUUGAGGCUCCUCUGAGCGGAUACCAGUACAUCCCCAUUGCCUCAUCCGAGACUGCGGCCAGCGACAAGAACUCGGAGAACAGCGCUUGGCUACAGGGCAACAGCGGGUGCACCAAUGCCGAGGCCAGCUCAAAUGAUUAUUUCUCGUCUUCUGAGUAUGCUCAAACAUACAAGGACACGGAGGACUUCUACCAGAGCCUUCUUCCCGUUAUCAAGAAGACAUAUGGCAAGGAUGCUGCAAACUUCCAAAACGCCUACACCAUCUUUGAUCUCAUCAAUGUUGCACGCAUUCACAACUCCAGCGUCCCCUCAGAUGAUCUUCUCACUGAAUCUACACUGGACAAGCUCUACAACCUGGCUUCUAUCCAUGAGUGGAAUCUCGCAUACAACAGCAGCGAGCCAGUCCGUGCCAUUGCCGGCUCUGUUCUUGCCGGACAGAUUAUCGAGGCCCUCGAGCCCCUCGCCAGCGGUACAAAGGCACCCAAGGUGAACAUCCAGUUCGGUGCUUACGCCGCCUUCAUGUCCUACUUCGGAUUGGCUGGUCUUGACAAGGCCAGCUCCGAUUUCACAGGAGUCGUCGACUACGCCUCCUCCAUGGCUUUUGAGCUCGUCACAAACGCGACCAAGCCCACCGCCGACGAUGUCAGCGUCCGCUUCUACUUUGCCAACGGUACUGCUUCCGAGAACACCCCUAAGCUGUUCCCUCUCUUUGGUGAGGACAAGACCACCAUCUCUUGGAAGGACUUCAAGAGUGGCAUGUCCGAGUUUGCUAUCAAGGACAACAAGCACUGGUGCAAGCUCUGCGGAAACACCGAUGGUAUCUGCGCCAGCAGCUCUGAUAAUGAUGACUCUGCCUCUUCCCAAUCUAGCUCUGGAGGUUCUGGCAAUGGUGUCUCCAAGCCUGUUGCUGGCGUUAUCGGAGCCCUUGUUACCCUGGUUGUGAUCCUGGGUAUCCAAGCCGCUGUUGUUUUGUUUGGCGGCCUGCGUCUCGUUAAGAAGUCGACUCUUGCAGCAGCUGGAGACUCCAAGCCUGAAGAAAUCAAGGCAUGA